AUGACGAACGCGAUAUUCGAUACUUGCAGAAGCCUGAUACGUAGUUUUGUCGGCACCUCAGAUCCGGUCGAAAUGGAUGAAGAACAUCCGCAACGUCAAGGUCUCUUCGCUCAAUGCACUUUCGCCAUCGUACGAUCCGCGGCCUUUACAGCCAAAGAUGCAGAAUCGCUGGCCAGUGAGUUGAGACUGCACGACGGAGAAGUCAUCAUCGACGAUUACCCAGAGAACAACCUCGACCUCACUGCCAUCACUCACGUUAUUGCAACAACCUACGACUUCCCAGACUACAAUGCAUGCUGCGAUCUCCUCAUACCCGUCGUCAAGCCUUCAUGGGUCUUACAUUCUCUUGCCAGAAACAAACUGGGAAAUCCGCGGCAAUACAGCCCGGAUCCUCGAUAUUUCAUGUCCGAUGUGGUAGCUUGUGUCUCUGAUCUCCCAGAAGGCGACUCUGAUGCGAUCGCCGGCGGUAUUCUUGCCAUGGGUGGCCUCUUCUCAACAAAACUCACCAGCCAAAUAACUCAUAUAAUAGCGCUUACCAUGGAUUCAGAAUCAUGCGUCAGCGCACAGAAGAGACAUCUCGACGUGAAGAUUGUGUUGCCGCACUGGGUGGAUGACUGUCUGAAACUAGGGAGGAAGAUUGAUGAGCAACCAUACCUGCUGCCAGACCCAGAAAUCUUGAAGCCUCCGACCAACAAAGCACCCCUGGCUAAGCGGAAAACCCAGGUUGAAGGGGCUGUCGAUCCCGAUCCAUCUCAGCAAGAUCGCGAACCGGCUGCGCCUCGAAAGCUGGAAAGAGUGUUCAAGAAGAAGACGGUGAUGCUGUCAAACGACCUAGGCAUUUCACCAUAUCUUCGUGGUAUCUUGGAAGAAAUCGUCAAAAAUUCUGGUGGCAAGUUGACAGAUACCGUCACCAAAGCUAACAUGUUUGUUUGCAAAUAUCGAGAAGGGCAAGAAUUCAAGGUUGCCUCACGAUCGGGCAAAGACGUCGGAAAUCUGGCAUGGCUAUACUACCUCAUUCAGACCGACGAAUGGACAUCACCUCUACGGCGUCUUUUACACUAUCCUAUCGCAAAAGAUGGCCUACCAGGAUUUCCCGGCUUGAAAAUCAGUCUUUCCAACUACAGCGGAGAAGCUCGAACAUAUUUAGAGAACCUCAUCAAUGCCACUGGCGCCGAGUGUACGAAGACUUUGAAGCAAGACAACACCCACUUGAUAACGGCACAUAAUCUGAGCGAGAAAUGUGCUGCGGCGAAAGACUGGGGCAUACAUAUUGUCAAUCAUCUCUGGCUGGAAGAAAGCUACGCCCAGUGGAAGAUACAAAGCAUCACUGACAACAGAUAUACACAUUUUCCCAAGAGGACAAACCUUGGCGAUGUGGUUGGUCAUACUCAACUGGACCGCAAUGUUCUCGAAACUUGCUUCUUCCCUUCUGAUGAUGUUGAAAUGACAGAUGUGCCAGAACAAGCCCCAAUGCAGCAGGCGAACGAGAACACCGUCCCCACAAAGAAUUCGAAGCGAGUGUUGUCAGGCAAGGCUGACGCAACAGAACAAUCGAAUCAUGUUCGAACACCGGCACCUUCCAAGUUCGUGGCCACAGGCAAAGAAAACAUAACGCCCUCAACGACACACAGCCGAAAGUCAAAGGAAGUUGCAUCAGCCCGCUUGCAUGAAUUGACGCCUGACAUACUCUUGUACGAAAAGGAGAAGAAAAGAGUUGGUGGUGUGGUUUAUGGAGGCCGACGUAAGACUGACGAGGAUCGAGUGGUCAGCCGGAAACGAUCUGUCGAUGAGGCAGAAGACGUUGACAUGGAAGAUGAGGUUGAUGUCAAGAGGACAAAACGUGGCAAUGCUGCGCCCUCAAUGCAUCUUGUAAUUUCUGGCUACAAGAAGUGGACUGGUCAUCCGAAGCUGGAAGAUAAUGACAAGAAACGACUUCGAAACCUGGGUAUAAUAUGCACAACGGACUCCAGCAGGGCGACUCAUCUUGCUGCGCCGCAUAUUGUCCGAACCAUGAAAUUCGUUACCGCUCUGGCGUACGCGCCACUGGUCAUAUCGACUGAUUUCAUCGAUGCCUGCUUGGAGGCAAAUGAGUUUCUGGAUCCAGAGGAGUUCAUCCUAGAGGAUAAAGAGAACGAGAAAAAGCUCGGUUUCUCUCUUCAGUCGUCCCGAGAACGAGCCAAAAGCAACGACAACCAGCUCCUUCGAGGCCGGUGGAUUUACUGCAUGGAAAACAUUCGCGGUGGCUUUGAGACGUUCAAAACUAUCGUGGAAGCCAACGGUGGACGCUGCAUGCUGUGGCGUGGUCGGAAAGGCACAACAGUACCGUCUGGUCGAGCCGACAGCGAAGGUGUCGACGCUGAUGCGAAUAUUGAAGUCUACCUUCUGAGUAGUGAGGAGGACCGCACCCAGCAGAAAUCGUUAUGGAAUCGCUUCAAAGAGAUGGCCGAAGGGAGUCGUAAGGCCCCUCGGAUAGUCGCAGCGGAUUGGAUGUUGGAGAGUGCAAUGUCUCAGCAAGUGCUCUCAAUCAAGGAAUACGAGCUUGCAUGA